AGACACAUUUAGAAAAUGGCUGACUGGCAGUGCGGGGACAAUUUCCUUCUGCUCAGAGCACAACUUUAAAGAACCCUUGGUUGAAAUCAUGAGUUGUUGCAUUUAGCAAAGAGGAAUAAUGUUUAAGAAAGCGAAACGAGCUAACUUCCGACGGAGGAAUGAAUCCGACGAGGAAGAACCGGAGGAGGGUCGGUCAGUGCCGCCGAUAUCCAGCGGGCCUGCCGUGGAGGAAAUCCCGUUUAUGGAGACUUCCAUCAGCGUUACAGCAGCAACUAUUAGCAGCGAUAGAUUUCACAGCAACGGGUUUCCGGCCAACGUGAACACGUUUAGAGCUAUCAAGAAAGAGAAGAAGGUUAAAGAUACGCCUAUCAUUGCAGCUACGGUGCCUGGACCCACGAAAGCCAGUUUGCUGAGUUUCGACGAUGAUGAAGAUGAAUCCGAGGUGUUCAGAGUGAAGAAGCCCACUCACAGUAAGAAGAUUGUCAAACAGCUGAAGAAAGAAUAUAAGGAGGAUUUGGAGAAGUCUGGAGUCAAACAGGAACACAAAUCAGAUGCUCCAUUUCAGCCUGCGGUUUCAAUCAAAGAGGAAGUUAUCAGCAGAACCGGCAGUGAACAGGGGGAGGAAGAGAUGGAGGUGGACAGUACUGAUGAGCAGCAGCAGCAGCAGCAACAGCAACAGCAACAGCAGCAGCAGGAGGAGGCAAAGAGUCACGUUGGCCAGGCACAAAGUCAAGUGUCCAAGAGCAACGUCACUACAUCAUCAUUCAACACUCUUUCAUCUCUGGGCAGCCUGAAACCAGGGGAGAUCCCCGAUGCGGCAUUUAUCCACGCUGCCAGAAAGCGCCGGCAACAGGCCAGAGAACAGGGGGGGGAACCGCCUCUGGUAGAGACGGAGAAUCCCAAAAAGCGUAUGGCACAAGAAGACCAAGACGCCAGCGACGACGAAGACGAGGAUGAGAAGAGGAUUCGCUUCAGCGGAGUCAAGAACAUAACCCAGAGACAAAAGAUCGCUGAAGAAAUAGGUAUUGAGGGUAGCGAUGACGAGGCGCUGGAUACAGGUCAGGAUGAGGAGUCGAGCCGCUGGGAGCAGGAGCAGAUUAGGAAAGGAAUCAGCAUACCCCAGGUAAACUAA